GAGCUAGAAAAUCAACUCACAACUAAAUCCAAAACUCUUGAUGAGCUCAAACAGAGUUUGGCUUUGAAUGGUAGUGCAGAACAAACCCCAGAAGCUCUGUCUCUCAGGAUAGCUGAGCUGUGUGAAAUGGUGGACAGCAUUGUAAGCCAGGUUGCACAGUUAAAGACCUCAAUGCAGUCAAUACUGGAGCAGUGGAGAGUAUAUGACGAAGUUUAUGCCGAAGUCAGCCUGAUAACGACAAGAUAUUUGUACUGCAUAGACCAGUGCAAACCUUCUGUAGUGUCAUUGGAAGCUUUGAAAAACGAGGUCAAAACUCUCCAGUCUCUUCAAGAUGAAUCAGAGAACGGUGAAGAAAGUUGGUCCAAGCUCCAGGCUGCUGCCACUAACCUGAAGAAGAAUUGCUCCCCCUCCUUUGCAGAGAUUAUUGAACAGAAGUGCACGGAGGCACACACUAGGUGGAACUCAGUAAAUGAAGACAUCACAGAUCAACUGCGGGCAGCACAAGCAACCCUGCAGCUUUGGGAGCCCUUUGAUACUUUAUGCACUGAGGCAGCAGCCAAGUUACAACAGCACAAAGAGCAGUGCACUCAGCUCUUGGAUGCUCACAUGCCUGAGGAUAACAUGAUAGAAACCCUGAAGCAGAGGAUACAGGAUAUAAAGAAUUUACAGCAUGGCCUUCAAAACAUAGCAGGAUGCCGUACCCAGAUUUCUUUGCUGGCUGAUAGGAUAAAACAGCAGGCUGGGACAGCUGCACAAGCCAUUCUGUUGGAGAAGCUGCAGCCGCUCCAGAGAGCAUCCUAUUUGGAAAAGAUGUUGCAGAGGAAGUUAGAUGAAUUUGAGUUCAAUCUUUUACAACUGGAGGAUUUCAAGAACUGCCUUGAAACACUGGAGGGUCAUGUCAAGAAUUGCACAGAUGCCUUCGAUAGUCUCUGUCUAGAGGGAGAAACAGACAACUCAGAAUUGCUCAUGAAUCAUACACUGGAGCUUGCUGCGCUUUCUCCAAGCAUAGAGAGUUUGAAUGAAGCAAGCAUUAAGGUGCCACUCAGUGACUUCACCCUGAAGAAAAUGCAGAGCCUGACCCGGCAGUGGAGUCAGAAAACAGCAGCUGCUCUGGAACGCUGCAGUGUGCUUGAGGGAACUCAAGAUGAUGAAAGGAAAUUCUUUCAGAAAUGUGAAAACUGGAUGAAAUUCCUAGAAAAAAUGAAAGAGGCCUUAAAAACAAAUAUUCCAGGACGGUUUGAAGAACUGCAGAAGCAACAGAGAGUAUAUGAGAUGCUGCAAACUGAGAUUUCCAUAAAUCAGCAGACAUUUAAUUCUAUCAUAGCAAAAGUUCUACUCUUCUUGGAAUCCGGAGAAGCAGAGAAAAGAACAGCGUUUAUUUCCAAGCUCACAUUGCUGAAAGAGCAGUGGCAGAAUGUUAUCCGGAUGGUUCAGCAGAGGAAGAAAGAUAUCGAUGAACUUGUGAGCCAGUGGCAGCUCUUCAGGAGUUCCCUGCAGAGUCUGAGCAGAUUUCUUGCUGAUACAAACAGCUUCCUCAUAGCUGUGAAGAGUCAGGACUGCUAUAGCCUUUACCAGCUUAGAAAUCUAAUUCAUGAUUUCAAGAGCAAAGCAGUGAUUCUUCAGAGGUGGCAAGCCAUGUACUCCUUAAUCAUCGAUGUCGGGGAGAAGUUGCGCACUGUUUCUGAUCCCGAGACCAAUGCUGUUCUCCAGGAGGAGCUCAGCCAGUUACAGCAGAGUUGGGGGGACACCCAGGUCCGGCUGGAAAAGAAGAAGGUGCAGCUUAGCAGCACGCUACAGAGUUGGGACUGCUGUGAAAAGCAAACCAAGGAAUUAGGAAGCAGGCUGCAAGAGCUAAAGGAGAAAAUAAAAGAUCCACUUCCAGUUGAACAUGAAGAGCUCUACAAAGCCAAGGAACACAUUAAGGAGCUGGAGCAGUCGCUGGCAGACUGGGCCCACAACAUGAAGGAGCUGCGGGCCAUGAAGGUGGAGCUGGCUCACUGCAUCCUCACCGAGGACAUGAUGGUGCUCAAGGAGCAAGUUGAACAUUUGCACAGGCAGUGGGAAGAGCUCUGCUUGCGAGUGUCUCUGCGUAAGCAGGAGAUCGAGGACAGGCUCAAUGCCUGGAUUGUGUUCAAUGAAAAGAAUAAGGAGCUGUGCUCCUGGCUGGUACAAAUGGAAAGCAAAGUGUUGCAGACUGCAGAUGUUAGCAUUGAAGACAUGAUAGACAAAUUGCAGAAGGAUUGCAUGGAAGAAAUAAACCUGUUCAGUGAAAAUAAGCUUCACUUGAAACAAAUGGGCGAUCAGCUAAUCAAGGCUAGCAACAAGAGCCGAGUUGCAGAAAUAGAUGAUAAACUCAACAAAAUCAAUGAUCGCUGGCAGCAUCUCUUCGAUGUCAUUGGAGCACGGGUGAAGAAACUGAAGGAAACAUUUGCUUUUAUACAACUAUUGGACAAAAACAUGAGUAACCUUCGCACCUGGUUGGCCCGGAUUGAGUCUGAGCUUUCCAAGCCUGUUGUUUAUGACAUCUGUGAUGACCAAGAAAUCCAGAAGAGACUGGCAGAACAGCAGGAUCUGCAACGAGACAUAGAGCAACACACGGCAGGGGUGGAAUCCGUGUUUAAUAUUUGUGAAGUCCUGCUGCACGACUCAGAUGCAUGUGCUAAUGAGACAGAGUGUGAUUCCAUCCAGCAAACUACCAGGAGUUUGGACAGACGGUGGAGAAACAUUUGCGCCAUGUCUAUGGAAAGGCGAAUGAAAAUCGAGGAAACCUGGCGCCUAUGGCAGAGGUUUUUGGACGACUAUUCUCGCUUUGAAGAUUGGCUAAAACAUUCUGAAAGGAUAGCAGCUAAGCCUAAUUCUUCAGAGGUUUUGUACACACAUGCAAAGGAGGAGCUGAAGAAAUUUGAGGCAUUCCAACGGCAAAUUCAUGAACGACUCACUCAGUUGGAGCUGAUCAAUAAGCAGUACAGGCGUCUCGCCCGCGAGAACCGCACCGACUCGGCCAGCAAGUUGAAGCAGAUGGUACAUGAAGGCAACCAGCGCUGGGAUAAUCUCCAGAAACGAGUCGCUGCCAUUCUGAGGAGACUUAAG